GAGACGCUUAAUAAUUUGGCGCUACAAAAUUGUGUUUUGUACGACUUACAAUAUAAACAAAAGUGGAUACAAAAGGAUGUGGGGCAACUUCGAGGCAUCAUCCCGCGAGGAUGAGACCAUAUCCAAUGUGUUCUCCUCUCGGGGCAUAUUCCAAAUCAGCAGCGAAGAGGAGGUGACUAAAUAUCCAGUAGUGCUGGCUUCGGUGCAGUGUGGAAAAAUGGUGAUAGCUAUCGACAAGUGCCUGCUGCUUCUCGAGGACGAACUGGUGGCUGAGUGUGCCUGCCUGAACUUUGGGGCCACGAUCGAGGCGGUUGGAAUCUCCGCCAGCGGAAACCUUAUUGUCUGCGGCCUCAGCGAUGGCGAGGUCCACGGGGUGUCCAUCAAGGGAUUGCUGUUAUUCGCCGUGUGCGUCAACCUUGAAGACGUAAGCGUAACAGGUGGCACCUUCCGGAGCAUCCAUCAACUGGGCCAGCAGUUUUAUUUUACCUGCAAGAACGGCAGCAUAUACUGUCUUAGUGACAUCGAUGAGCGCUCUUUAGAAUCACUCUCCAAUAUGACACUGAAGGAAAACGAAACCAUUGCCAACGAGAAAGCCAUUCUCGAAGAUGUCACCAUAAAGCGUACAUCGACGGGACGUUCUAAUGCCAAUGUGGACUGUGUGGUUCUGCUGCAGCAUCGGAUCGGCAGUCUUAAUGUCCAGAACAACCAAGAGGAUUUGGGCUUGGAUCAUGGAUUAAUUAUCACAGGAGAUCAUGGUACACUGAACUUCAGGACGAGCUCCAGCUCGGAUUUCACACGUAUCAGUUUGCUUGAUCACUUCGGUGAUCUCAAGCAAAUCUACAAUCUUGAGCACUGCGUGAUUGCGCUAACCAACUCUGGACACUUGCUGGACAUCUGUCCGUACACUCGCACUGUAUACAUGUGCCAUACCGCUCAGCGCCAGAGCCUGCUCAUCGAGGAUUUGCUGGUGAUCGAGUGCAGCGAGGAGAAUAUAGAGCUGCUACUGCUGACAAAGCCCACGGAAGAUGGUCGCUUCAUUAAGAUUGUGGAGUAUCCUUCUUUGAAAUGCAAAAACGAAGUGGAGGUGCCGGCGCAUGCCUGGCUCGUGCGCCAGCCCAAGUGUGCGGUGAAUCUGUAUUAUCUGGCCGCCAAGGAAGUGAAUCGGGAAAGCAUACCCACGGUGGUCGAGAUGAUGCUUGUUUCCGAAACCGAUCCUAGUGAUCGUUUCAAGAAGUUAAUAGCCAAAGGUCGUCUGGAAGAGGCGGAGGAAUUUGGCAUUCAGUUUGAACUGUGCCUGCAGCCGAUUUAUGAGGCCAAGGCCAAGCGCAUACUCGUCGAGCUCUGCAAUUCUUCGUCGAGCAAUGAAAUGCUGGAUAAAAAGUUCCAGAGCCUGUUGGAGUUGCUGGCGCAGAUCGAGAACAAGGCUUUUAUAAAGAGUCAUCGCAUGAUCAACCUGAGCUCGCGACACAUCCUGGAGCGUUACCUGCGCGAAAUUCAGAAGCGGUUAAGCUUUGAGGACGACGAAGAGGACAUGCUUGAGAUCGAUGAACAGCUGCAUCGCCUGAAAACACUGGCUAUUACCGAUCCCUACGAGUGCAAUACAGACUGGCAGAAGUUUAUUUACGACAAGAACCUUGUCAGGAUGGUAAAGUCCUUGUUCAAUACGGAUAUGCCCACGGCUUGUCUCAUUUGGCGUCGGCAUUCCUGCAGCAUUUUGCCGCUGCUCAACGAGGAUGAGCUCCGCACACUGCUGGGCUUCAUACCCGGCAACUCAAAGCCCUUCAAUGUGGUGCAGUGGCUGCGCCAAUUCAUACCCUUGGUGAGCAACACGCAUCCUGGCAUUAUGCCGUUCAUCACCGACUGGAGCAUUGAGAUGACACGCAAGCUGCAGUAUAGUCCCCACUGGCCGGACAUUGGGUUGGAAUUUGCCACCAAAAUACUGGAGAUCUUUGAGGAGAUACAGUUUACCUACUCGGACGUCCGACGGCAGCAGGAGCGCAAUAUGGGCAAACUACGAGACCUGGUCAACGCUUUACAGGAUUUGUCGGUCCUUAAGACCCACUACAAUAUGGGCUUUACGUUGGACAACUACAUGAAGGACUCAAUUGAUGCCACGGCUCUCAGCAUCCUGCAGCACGUGCAGCUCGACAAACUAAAGCGACUCGUUGAGAACUUCUUGUACCCGAUCUUUCAGGAAAAGGGUCGCCAUCCCCUGGAAGUGAUCAAGCAGUAUAUAUCCCAGUUGGUGGCCAGUCGCCAAUCGUCGAGCAAUUGGCUAGAUCGGGCCAUGGCCUGCAUCGAGUUGCUGCACAACGAGGACAGUCGUCUGGAGUGUGCCUUGUCUGUGCUCAGGAACGCUCCAGUUCCCUGGCCCGAAUCACUAGCUCCCCUCAUCCGGCUACGCAACUCCACCAAUCCGCUGGCCAUGAAGAUCAACGAUGAGUACGAAAUCCAGGUGAUAAAGAUCAUGAAGGCCAAGUACGGCUGGCCGGCAGACAGUUCGGAGCUCAAUGUGGAGCUCUUUGCGAUGCGCAUCGUUAAGAUGAACCUGCCCGAUAUGCUGCAUGACAUCCAGGCAUUGACCAAGGCGGCGCCUGACAUCUCUGUGAGUGCUAACCUCCAUUGCUGCUACCAGAUGGCGCGUCGCGGCCAAAUCGAUCAGGCGUACGAGUUCUUCAAGACGCUGAAUAAGGAAAAGUAUUCGGAGGACGGGCAGCAUGUGGUGGAGAUACUGGCAACCUUGCUGGAGAACACGACACAGGCUGCCUUUAAGAAUGAAACCAAGGCGCAGGAGCAUCAGAAUGUCAUGGAACUGUUCAAGCUCUUUCUACCGCACGCGGAAGCCUCGUAUGAGCGGCGCUACUUGAUGAUCAAGCAUCGUUUCCAGCUCCAUCAGAAAUUCGGCAUCGAACUGAGCUGUAGCAAUGAACUCAUUCCGCUGCAGAAGCGUCACGAGUUGCUGGACGACACCAUUGAAAGAAUCGUGGAGCGUGCUCAGGCCACGCUAAAUAUGCCCGCUUUCAUUGUCAGCGAAAUGCUGGAGCUGUGCACGGCUCUCGCCUUGACGCAGGUCUUUGGCCUCCACCGCAUUUGUCAGCGCGUAUCCUGCCUGCCACUGAGCUGUGCCAUUGCCUACUAUGUGACGCAGUUCAUCGAUUGCUUGCCGGCCAAUGCCGAGGAUUUCAUCAACCUUGCACUCGAGCUGAUCAUCCAGCAAAUUGAGAAUGCCAAAGGCACCGACAAUGAUCUCCCUUCCUCUCUCCAGCUGAUUACUGACAGCGAUCCGCUAAGCUUUCCACUCGCCUACGAGCUGCUCACAGCCGCCCAGAUUCACGAGCAGAGUCGUCGCCGGGAUCUUAUCGAGGUAAUCAAGUAUGUGAGGGUGGUGGUGAUCCACUAUCCGUUGGAUGCCCUCAAGAAACACUACGAUGGCAAGGAGCAGUCCGUUAACGAGCACAUUUGUCGCACUUUGGACGGCACGACACUGGCCUUUGGCGAGAGUACACUUAACUUUAGCAGCGCCGUCAACGGCUCCUUUGACACAAAGCCCGUACUGCAGGUGCCAUCGACGAAGAAGCGCCCAUCAGUGUCCAUAUUCGAUGAGGUGGAGGUGCAGCCGGUGCAGCAGCCGCAGAAAAAGAAAAUCCUUGGCUCUCACCUGCCCAUAGUCAAGUUUCUGGCCAGGACUCUGCGGCUAAUGGUGAUCGAGGGUGAGCCUAACAACUCGCUGCUAAUGCACAUACGCCAGGGUUUGGCGGAGAACAUCUCGGAGGUGAUAGACAGCGCUCAGACCGACUUCUUUCAAUCGAUGGAGCUGCUGACCAAGACCAAGGAGCACGACGUUUGGUAUGUGAUCCUGCAGUAUCUGUUGGAAUACCAGCAACAAAACUGCCUCAGCAAGCGGAUCAUCAACGAGGGCUUCAUCACCUUACAGUUGCGCCGCAUUUUGCGCAAUGCAAUGAGCAACAAGAAUGUCAACUUUAUAGAGCUCUUCACCAUGCUGGCGGUCAAUAGCGAUGCCAUGGCCCUGCUCGAUAAACUCUCCAAGGAGGUGAAGUCCGACCUGCAGAUGAUCAAUUGCCUAACGCUGUCCGCCAUGUACAGCGAGCAUCUGGACGAUGUGGAGACUGUGGAGAGGAUACGAGCCAAACGCCUGAAACUGUAUUAUUACCUGGAGUUCUGCCAGCAGGACCCGCGCAUCAUAGGCAAAUUCAACGCGGAAAUGGACAGUGUGGAGGAUCUGCUCAAGGAGUUCCACAACAAGCAGCUGGAUGUGCGCCUAUUGGAGCGUAUAAGCAAAGACUUUGGCUUUGAUUUCCAGAAGAUCCUAAUCACUCAGAUACUGAGUAUAUUAAGUGGCCAGGAGUUGCGCUUCGAUAUCCAUCGCGAUAGCUUUGGCGACGAGAAGCUGGUGAUGCUGUGCAGCGCCCAGGAAAUGCUUGACAUGUGCCAGCCCUACAUCGAUGCCAUCAAGAACGUAGAGCUCUUUACCUCAAAACUGAAGCUGUUCAUCGAGGAGAUAAACAUUUACUUCUACGAGCUGUACAUGUGUGUGAUCAACAUCCUGAUGUUCUUCAAUGCCGCACCCAAAGAGAUGGAGAUAUGGAAGAAUAUCCUGCGCUUUCUGCGCUACAAGAUGACCGGCAGGCGUCGUAAUCGUCCGAGUCAAUUCGAGACGGACAUGUGGCUAAAAUCGCACAAGGAGAAUGGCAUUUUGCCCAAGAUCUCGCGUUAUCGUUUGCCCUUCAAGGCGAUUGUGGAGCAGCCGCUGAAGGAUAUCCUGGUCAGCGAACUCUGCGUGGACAACUGCCUGGGCUGGUUCCCUCUAAUUCAGAUGCACACCUCGCUUAAGGGCUCCAAGGACAGUGCCCAAAACUGUGACUAUUUUUGCAUGUCGGCGGUGAAGAACUCAAUAGCCGAGUACAAGUCCAGGAAUGAGCCAGAGUCCUGGAGCUUGCAUCCCACGAAUAAUGCUUUCCUCAUGUCCAUUCUCCGUCUCGUCGAGAACAUACACAAUCCGAACAAGGCGUUCCUGAUUCUUUACUAUGUGUCCAACUAUGCGCGGGACGGAGCUGACCAGGUGGAGGCCUCCUACGAGUGCUGGAAGUUCAUGCAGGAGAAGGGCGACCUCAUCACCGACAAGGAGCACAUGGCGAAGGUGAGGCGACGCUAUCCCAUCCAGAAGACGCAACAUCUGUUGCAUGUCUACGGCCUGACGGACGAGAAACUCUUGAAUCAAGUGGAAAAUCCCAGCGAGCUGAUCAACAGCCUGUACCAUCAUGAGCUCAUUCUUAAGUCCACAAAGGUGGACAUCAAUGCGCUGGUCGGAGAGAUAGCCAAGCUUCACGGCCUCUGCCUGGACACCAUACAGUUUCGGUUGCUGCAAAAGUGGCUAUCGGUCACCAUGGAGCCGGCGGACAAUACAAUGUUGGAGGAGACCUUCAUGGAGGAGGCGGAGCAUCCGAGCGGAGCAGAUGGCGGCGCUGGCGUUCAGAAUGCCAGCGAGAAUGUGAACAGAGCCUUCUACAUCCUGUCUAGCUGGCCGAAGGCAGACGCCGUCAAGUUCUUGGUAGGCCUGAUCUUUAAGGGCGGCUCCACGAACACCUCUACGCAGCUGCAGAUGUACGAGUGCUACUCGAAGCUCAACGAUGGCAGCAACUCCUUCACCAGCACCAUCAACCAGAAGCAGUUCAUCAGCAUCAAAUGCGUCAACGACCUGAAGACGCUCGGCUACAAGUCGAACCUUGAGAAGUUCGCCGGCGAGCAAUGCAACAAGAUUGACAUUCUGAAGAUGAUCUGGCAGCGCAACGCCCAGAAUCCCCUUUCCCUGGAAGUAAUGGCCAACAUAUGCCUCGGUUUCGACGUGCACUUGCCCAAAAUCUGGAACGGGAUUCUCAAGCGCAUGAUCAUGUUCAAUAUGGUGCGAGAACUCAACGCUCUGCUGGAUGUGCUUAGCUGCCGACCUCAUCUCCUACACAUAGACGGCCUGGCCCUGGCCUGGGAUUAUGUGCUGUGUCAUCCGCUGAAGAAUGCCGUGCAGACACGCUCCUUCGCCCAGGAGGAGCAGCUGCACAAGACCCUCCUACGGCUGCAGGGUUGCCCCGUGGUCCAUGCCCUCAAUCUGCUGCAGUUCGCCGAGUACUGUGUCGUCAUCCAUCGACCCCACAUGGCCGCCGCCAUCCUCAGCUUCUGCGAGAGUUCGGGGGAAAGGACUAAGAUCAAAGCGCUGAUACAUUCCCGUCCAGUGGAUAAUCUGCGGCAGCAGAUCUUGGAUCUGGAAGAUGCCGGCCUGCUGCCGGUGGUGCUGAACUUUGCCCUUAAGGAAUUGAACCUAUAAACGGCAA